AUGGCAACAUCUAAAAAUUAUAGCAGAUCUGUGGUAGCAGCCUCGGAUGAAGUGAGAGAUAUUUACUGUGAACCUUGUGUGGAUGAUGGUAAACAAAAUGUAGCUGAAGGAUUCUGUGUGGACUGCUCAGAGUAUCUGUGUGGACAGUGUUACAAGAACCACACCAGAUAUAAAGCCUUCAAACAGCAUGUGCUUCAGGAUAAGGAUAAAAUGCCACUGUUUACAACAAAAGCUGAUGCCAAAGAUGUUUGUGUGGAAAAGUGCAGCCUUCACACCACAAAGAUUGUUGAAUAUUUUUGUAGGUCAUGUGACACACUUGGAUGCCACGCUUGCAUUACUCUCAACCAUCGUGUAUGUAAAAAUGUGGAUCAUAUACCAAGCAUUGUCAAGGACAUAGAAAAAAGUGAAGAAUUCAAAGAGUUUAUUAACGGAUUGGACAUAAAAUUAGAAGCAGUUAAAGAAAGAAAGAAAACGCUCUGUUCUAAUUCAACUGAAACUGAUGUAAUGAAAGGAAAGGCAAAAUCAAUGCUGAUACAGCAGCGUGAUGAAAUAAAGAAGUUCUUUGAUCAGCUUGAGGCUGAUAUGAAUAAAAGAAUUGAAGAUUUUGAUAGAGAAAAUAAGGAAACUUUGAAAGCAGAAUCAUCAGCAUGUGACUCAAUCUAUGAUGACCUUGAAACAAUCAAAUCUAACAUCAAAACAAAACUGAAAGAUGGACAAAAAUGUGAAUUGUUUAUUGCUAUGAAAAAUGCUAAACCAAAGACAGAAAGGCUUGACAAGGAGUUGGAAAAGUCAACUAAGGAGAGCAAAAUACAAAGCUAUGUUUUGGCACCUUCACCUCAAAUAAAGCAGGUUAUGGAAAGCACAUCUGAAAUUUGCAGAUUACACAGAUCACGAUCUGCAAAAUAUUUGCAUGAAAUAAAUGUACGCACAAAAAAUGACAAUAAAAUGCCACACAUUUGUGGUCUAGUUAUAGUACAAAAUCAGUAUCUGGCUGUUGCAGAUAAUAAUAACACAUCAGUCAAAAUGGUAGACACAAUGAGUAUGAGUGUAAAGUCUGAAAUGAAUAUGAACUGCACUCAUGUUUGUUGUAUUACCUGUAUGAGUGAUGAUAAAAUUGCAGUUAACACAGUAUCUCAUAAUCUGGAAAUCAGGUUCAAAUCCAGUUUAUGUCAGUGUCUAAACAAGGUUCUCUCAGUAAAGGUUAUCUGA